AUUAACACACCAAAAAGAGAAAAUAAAUUCAAAAAUUUAUCACUCGAUCUAGAAGGAAUUGGCAUUAACAUGACAGGAUCCAGCUCCCCCUGUGGCGCCUGCAAAUUCUUGAGAAGAAAAUGUGUCAACGGUUGUGUUUUUUCACCUUAUUUCUGCCACGAACAAGGUGCGACUCAUUUUGCAGCUAUUCAUAAGGUAUUCGGAGCUAGCAACGUGUCGAAACUCCUUGCUCACCUCCCCGACAGCCACCGGAGUGAGGCCGCCGUCACUAUCUCCUAUGAAGCUCAAGCUAGGCUUCAAGAUCCCAUUUAUGGUUGCGUUUCUCAUAUUUUUGCCCUCCAACAGCAGGUUGUGAAUUUGCAAGCUCAAUUGGCUUCACUCAAGCAACAAGCAGCUCAAUGCAUCAUCAACAACUCCAGCACCUCCGCAAACCCUAACCCUAACGAUCAUAAAUUCUACGGCGAAAGCCAUUCUUCGCCUCACGAUCUCCAUGGCUGGUGGCAAUCUCUACAAAAUCAGAUGGCAAUUUCUCAAUUUGAUGCAGACAACAGCUACUACUCCAGUGGAAGCAUGGACUUGAGCCCUUCUGUAAAACACGAAAACCCGAUUUUCGCAGAGCAGAAUCCCUCAUAUGGAAGCAUGGAUUCAUUUGAAGAUCAGCAAUGGCCUUUGCAAGAUGUUGGUGAUGAGCUCCAGUCAGUUGCUUUUGGACAUCUUCAUCUUUCUUGUUGAAAAGUUAGUUAGCGCUUAAUCAUGGUCAAAUUAGGUUUAAUAAUUAUCUGCCAAUUUUGAUAUUAUUCACGCUACAACAAAAAUGUCUAGUAGCGAUAAAUCAUGAUCAUGAUUUACCUGCAAACCCUAGGAAUGUUCUGCUGUCAGAAUAAACCUAAAUAUUUUCUUGAUCCUAUGAUUGGGAUUUAGGCAGUGUACCAGGCCGGAUAUAUUUAAGUAGAACAACAGCAUAUAAAUAACCCUUUUGAUUUGAUA